UAUGGUAUGGCUCGAUAUGGUAUGGCUCGAUAUGGUAUGGCUCGAUAUAGUAUAGCUCGAUUUAGUAUAGCUCGAUUUAGUAUAGCUCGAUUUAGUAUAGCUCGAUAUGGAAUGGCUCGAUAUAGUAUAUCUUGGUAUAGUAAAGCGAUAGCAGCAAUUUCAAUCGCAGCCACAACAGGCACAGUUUGGAUAACUACAGCAAUUUGGCUAACCGCAACAACAACAACAGCAGCAGCAGCAGUUUGGACAUCAACAGUUCAGUCAAGAUGCCAUGCUACAGCAGCAUCAAGCACAACCUGCUGGCCCAUCAAUGGCUGAAUUCAUUGAAAACCAGGAGAACAAUGAGGGUGUGAGGUUUUCAUGGAACGUUUGGCCAACAACAAGAGUGGAGGCAACAAGGAUGGUAGUGCCUGUGGGCUGCCUCUUCACUCUUCUCAAGAAACGCACGGCUGAUGUAUGCCCUCCUCUUUUAUAUGAUCCGUUGCGCUGCACGAGACAGCAGUGCCAGGCUAUUCUCAACCCACUCUGUCAGGUUGACUUUCGGUCAAAGCUGUGGAUGUGCUGCUUUUGUUUCCUGCGCAACCAGUUUCCCAGCAACUACACCAACAUGAGCGAGAGCAACCAACCUGCCGAACUUUUCCCUAAGUCCUCAACCAUUGAGUACACCUUAGCGGUCAGUGUGCUGUGGCCUUCAAUUCUUCAGUGCAGAUCAAAAUUUAGAAUUAAUACAGAAACAAUUCUGGUAGCAUCUUACUUACAUCAGUGGCAUCAGAAGGAAUGCGCAAGCAGUUUGUGUUCCCAGGCAACAAGCGAGCUCCUGCUGCAGGACAUCAUCGGAGACCUCAGGAGGGAUCCUUGGCCCACCCAGUCGGGGCACCGCUCGCUCAGAGCCACUGGAGCCGCCAUCACCAUCGCCGUGGGGCUCCUCGAGGCCUGCUACCCGAACAGUGGUGGUCGCAUCAUGACGUUCGUAGGCGGCGCCUGCCUGUACGGUCCUGGCAUGGUGGUGGAUGACGAACUCAAGAAUCCCAUCAGAAGCCAUCACGACAUAGAAAAGGAUUCGGCCAAGUUCGUGAAGAAAGCCAACAAAUUUUACGAAGGGGUGGCAAAGAGAGCAGCUGCCAACGGGCAUGCGGUGGACCUGUACGCCUGUGCGUUGGACCAGGUCGGCCUGUACGAGAUGAAGCAUCUGUGCAACCUCACUGGGGGCCACAUGGUGCUGGGAGAUUCCUUCAACUCGUCUCUCUUCAAACAAACAUUCCAGCGAGUCUUCGUUCAGGACGACGAUGGCAACCUCGAGAUGGCCUUCAAUGCAACUGUUGAAGUCAAGACUUCUAGAGAACUCAAAGUGUCAGGUUGCGUGGGGCCGUGCACAAGUGCCAACAUCAAAGGUCCUAACGUGUCAGAAGUCGAGGUGGGCGUCAGUGGCACCAGCGGCUGGAAGGUGUCCAGCCUCACCCCCACCUCCACACUCACCAUCAUUUUUGAGGUGUCAAACAGCAGCAGCAGCGGCGAAAUUCCACAAGGUGGUCGCGGUCACGUUCAGUUCAUCACGCAUUACCAGCACAGCAGCGGCCAACACCGAUGCAGAGUCACCACCGUGGCUAGGCAGUGGGCAGAAGGCAGCACUGGCAUCGGUGCCAUCGGCGCAGGCUUCGACCAGGAGGCGGCAGCGGUGCUGAUGGCGCGGCUUGCGGUGCACCGCGCUGACAGCGACCAGGAGGGCAGUGACGUUCUCAGAUGGGUUGACAGGAUGCUCAUCAGGCUUUGUCAGAAGUUCGGAGAGUUCAUUCCGAAUGAUCCGAACAGCUAUCGCUUCCAGGAGAACUUCAGUCUUUAUCCACAAUUCAUGUUUCACUUGAGGCGAUCGCAGUUCUUACAAGUUUUUAAUAACUCGCCUGAUGAGACAUCUUUCUACAGAUGUAUUUUGAACCGAGAGAUCACCAUGGACUGUUUGACGAUGAUCCAGCCUGUGCUGUACAGCUACAGCUUCACGGGCUGUGAGCCUGUCAUGCUCGACAGUUCGUCUAUUCAACCUGACCGUAUCCUCCUCUUGGACUCGUUCUUCCUCUUGCUCAUCUUCCACGGCGAAACUAUGGACGCCUGGCGGAAAGAAGGCUACCACGAAAAAGAAGAAUACGCCAAUUUCCGCGAGCUUCUACAGGCGCCGGUGGACGACGCGCAAGACCUCCUGGCAACUCGCUUCCCAGUGCCUCGCUACGUCAUCACUGAACAGGGCGGCUCCCAAGCGCGCUUCUUGUUGAGCAAAGUCAACCCAUCACAGACCCACAACAACGCUCUCUAUGGCGGGGUCUUCGGAGACCCUUCCGCGGAUGGCGGCGCCCCCGUGCUGACGGAUGACGUGAGCAUGCAGGUCUUCAUGGAUCACCUGAAGAAGCUCGCUGUGGCGUCCACCGCUUAAGAGCUUCUGCUGGGGUAGCAGACGAUGGCCUGUGCCGCGCUUCGUGCAAUGUUGUGUCCUCAGCUCCUCUGUCCAUUGACUCCCGUCUACGGAGCUUUGUCGUUUGAUGAACUUGCAACGCUGCAGGAUAAUUCGAGCAGCGUUCACUGUGGUAAUUCUUCGAAAGUAAACUGGUCAACGGUGAAAUUUUUCUACAUUUUCUGUGCAUUGAAAUUCGUCGCUAUUGGCAAGAUUUUUCGGGGGACUACCAUGUUGUUAGCAAAUUCAAGUCUUCAGACUGGUUGAAAAGGCGUUUCUUGAAGUUAUUAUGAAUGUUUUGUCAGUUCAAUAUUGGACAACGUGUCUCAUUACUUACCCGUAUAAUUCGUCACUUAGCAAAGGAACUGAAAGAUUUUGUUUGAAAUUUUAGGUGAUCUAUGAUAUUCCAUUAAAUAGUAAAUAGACUGUAUUUAAUUAAGUGAUGAUUUCCUAGACGAAAAAUGCUUGUCUUCUAUUGGUCUCAUAUUUGCUUCAAUGCAAAUGCUCUCCGCGGCGUCGCAAUCUCAGUCACCAAUCGUUAACGAAAAAUUAACCGUCAAAUAAGGGAAGAAUGCUAGAAAAUUAUGAGUGGUCACAAUAAGUACACUUGAAGCUCUUUUUUUUAUUUGCUAGAAGUUUUAAAAUGGGAGUAGAACAAGCAAUGUUUUUGUUCCUGAGGCAAUGUAGUAAUGGAUCCAAUAUUUGAGCCAAGAAAAAUAGUGUAUGUUUUUUCUGUUCAAAUAUUUACUAAAUAUUUUGUGUCCAGAAUUAUUUAUAAUAUAUCCCGAUAACCUAGGGUUCCAUAAAUCUUCCUACUGCUCCAUAGUCCAUUCUGAGUAGUCCAUUUUUCGCAGUUUAUUGUUGCGUUUUGCGAAACGAGGAAACAGAGCCCCUAAAAUAGUUGUGCUGAGGCGUCUGAUUAAAGCAAGUGUAUGCAUUAUUUACUAAUAAAUUGACUUGAUAAAUAGUCUGCACUACCGCCUAUUCUCAAGCGUUGAUAUUUUAUUUUCGCCUUUAGUUUUUGUAUCUAGACUAGAGCAUCGUAUCUUUUUCCUGGUGUUUGCAAGGAGCUUAUUUUCUGUUAAUAAAAGAAUUUACCGUCGA